GAGAAGGGUGGAAGCUGUCUCGCCGUGACGCCGUGCUAUUUUGAUCGCCACGCUGCGGCUGGCCCAGAUUCGACGCGACUGCCACGGCGAGCGUACGAUAUCAGUAAUCAGCCGCGCGCUCGCUGGGCCUCACGCCCUCACGGCUCGCUCGCGAAAUCGGUAACAUACCGCAACGACCCGCGAGUGUUCUCCAUAAGCUAGGAAAGAUGCAAGCUUCUCGAUCGCGAAUCCGCGUCCAGGACUAUUAACGCGCCAGCGUGGAACAGAGGUUCACGGAAUCUGGAACUCUCGUCGGGGAACUGAAAAACAGACCCGCGCACUUGGACGAUGUGGACGACGCGGAAAAGUACGAUUUCGCGGGCUGACUUGUAAAUUCCCGGUGGUUUUGCGAAAGUGCGCGACAUUAAGAUGUGACUUCUUGGUGAUGGUGCGGUGAUCUGUUCACGUUGCUAACAACCGUUUCGCGUGGCGAUACACGCAAUUGUUUUACGCCUGCGUCUUAAUUAUCUCGAACGCUUCCGUGACCUCGGGACUCGCAUCUGUUAUCUCGGGACUGUUAUCAGAUGACCAUAAGUUUCCUGGUGAGUGCAUCCUCACAUACAUGGAGUUUCAGUUGGAUAGCGCAGAAUACUGCCAGGCUCAACACAAAUAGAGAGACACGCCCAUACUCCCUGACAAUUAUUAGAUAUUGUUAAAGUAAAGGGAGGAAGAUUAGAAACACCUUGGAGGGAGGAAGAAGGUUAUUAAAGUAGUAGACAAUUAUCACCGGGGAAGCCAGAAAAAUCAUCAACUAGUCAUCACGCAAGACAUAGAAGAAUUUAAUAGAAAUUAUUAAUUUACCGUAGUAGAUGCGAGCGUCAUAGAUACUGAGCGCGCCUGUCACAGGGAGCACCCAGUGCCAAAUAGGUAAUCUUCCGUGAAUUAUAGUCAAAAAGUCUCAAGUGGGAAGAAUAAAGCGCAUAUCAACACCGCCUAAUGUAACGUAGCCCUUUUUCGGCCAAGUUUGCACCCCGACGACCCUUCCUAAAAUUUACAUGUAAACCCAUGGUUCUGUCCUCUGUAAAAAAAUAAAAUAUUCUAUUAGUUAAAUGAAAAACAACUUUAUAAGACUGACAUUUAAUGGGCUAAGUUGUCAAAUCCAGCCUUUGUCGCUUCGUAUAGUGUGGCACGCGUACGAGAUUCUAAGAGACAAGUUGUACAAGAUCUUUAAGAGUUAAAAACAAUAAGAGGGGAUAGAUAUACAAUCAUCUCUGUGGUUAAGAAGGAAAUGAGCAACAUGAGGGUGAAGGAUAUCAGACCGGCGCCCGCCGAGAUUGAAUACAAAAACAUGAAGUUCCUCAUUACUGAUCGGCCCAAUGAUCAAACCAUCCAUACCUUUAUUCAAGAACUGAAAAAGCACAAUGUAAAGGAAGUGGUGAGAGUCUGCGAACCAACGUACAAAGUAGAGGAACUCAAAUCAGAAGGGAUCAAUGUGAUAGAUUUGGUAUUCGAUGAUGGUACAUUUCCACCGAACGAGGUGGUUGAUGAAUGGUUCGAGUUGCUGAAAAACCGAUUCCGAGAAUCACCUGAUGCGUGUGUGGCGGUGCAUUGUGUCGCGGGUCUUGGUAGAGCACCAGUUUUGGUUGCUUUAGCUCUCAUUGAACUUGGACUCAAGUUCGAAGAUGCUGUUGCCCUUAUCAGAGAAAAAAGACGAGGCGCUAUAAACGCAAAGCAGUUAACUUUUCUUGAAAAGUAUCGUCCUAAGUCUCGAUUGAAGCUCAAGAAUGGACAAAAAAACUCCUGCUGCAUCCAAUAGAUUGAACAACUUUAGAAAAGGAGAAGAGAAGUUCGAAAAAAGUCACUAAUUCAUACUGAUUGGUAUAAAUGUGUAGAAUUUUGCGCCUGACAACAAGUGGUAUACUGUAGCAAAUCUGUUCUGAAUGGUCUAUCACUGGAAAUGCAACAGUAAUAAGUAUUAACCAAUUUUGAAUCAUAUUUUGCAUUACCUGAUUUUAUUUUUAUUUUUAUAUUCCGAGAGAAAUUGUUAACGCGGGAAUUUGCAUCCAAAUCGUUGCUAUUUCCUUUUAUGAAAAUAAAUUGUAUUAUACUUGAUUAAUAUUGUCCAUGAAAGAACAAAAAUGUUACGUUUUAAAAUGGUAAUAGUUCUUUAAAAAACGAUUGGCUAUAUUAUUGCCAUUUAGCCUUGCUGAUUUGUAAUUUGUGACAUGAGUUUUGUGUUAUUCGUACAUGUACAAACUUGUACAUUAUGUUGCAUACUUUUUUUUCGAUACGAGAAACUAAAAUUUCUUUUAAACAGUUGUAAUGAACGAAAGAAAUAUAUUAUUUGUUUAAUUACAAAAAUGAAAAAUGUAGAGAAAUUAUAAUUGUAAUGAAUGUAACACAUCCCAGUACAUUUUCGAUUUGUUAUUUUAUCGAAAUAGUAUAUUAUAUUGCGCGCGCACGCACACACACACACAGAGGAGAAGAGAAUAUUUACAAUUUGCAAAUAAUAGUCUGGAAAAUUGAAAUCUGUAUGUUGAACGAUUACAAAUUAUGUUUCAAGAUGGAACAAGAUUUUUAUAAAAAAGUAAAUUUGUUUUUUAUAAAAAAUUUGUAUGAAUUGAGUCUGAAUAGGAGAAUUUAUAUUCAUAUACAAUUAUAUUUUUCAAAAAAAUCUAUUAAAACAAUCUGGUUUGAACAUUAAAUACAAUAUGAUCUUAAGGAGUUUUAUAUACAUUUUUUGCAAUCUGCAUUCUCGAAAUAAAAUGAAAGUACGUGUAUAUGUAUUCUUUUCAAAGAACGACUUUUCAGAAAGCUGUUUUCGAUCAAAUGUAUCGGUUACAACUCUACAAAAUAUAUAUUGAAAUUCCGCGAUAUUCAACAUCAUAAUUGUUUCUACACUAAAUUAACAAAAGAUUAAUUUUACGCUAAAGGAGUACGUAUGCAUGUGUUAAACACAUCACACUUGCAAAACAUAAUAUUACAAUAUGCUAAAGCUAAAGUACUGGUUCUGUUCCUUUUUGUCGUUAUAUAUACUGUGUAUAUAUAGAGUUGUUCUGUUAAUUAUAGCUAAAAUUAAUUUUUUAACAAAUAUUUUUUAAUAAAAUAUUAGGCAGCAAUAAUUUAUGUUUGGGUUACACAUUCUAAUAUUUGGCAAAAACAUUAGAUAAAACGUGAAUCGCAGCAUAAGAACUAUAAAGUAUUUCAAAUUAAAAUCACAAUUUUUUGAAUUUGACGAACAAAAGAGAAACACAUUGCGUUGCAUUUCCAAUGGCAUGCCGAACCGCUGAUGGAUGUUUUUAACUCUUAUUGGACUUGGAAUCUGCGUUAACUUGAAUGAUGGAUAAUGAGAAACUAAUGUGAAGCAAAUCACUCCAGAGCUGUAUAUCACGUAUUAGCAUAGCUCAAUGACAAUUUUACCAAAAUUUUUGCAUAUCUAACUUUUAGUCAAAGUAGAUUUUUCAAUCUGAUACAAGCAUAUUAUGUAAAGUCAUCAUCGUCUUCUGACUUGGUAAAAUUGUUAAUGAUGCUGUGUACGCCACACUAAACUGUGUUCAAAGGAUAGAAAAAUUCACUCGUAAAAUAAUAACAAAUAUAAUACUUAGAACAUUUCACGCGUGUCUGCUGAUUUCAUGUGAAUGUACAUUACUUUGUAUUCGUGCGUUGUCUUUGCUUCUUGAUUGUUCUGCUCAACAAUGGGUGCGUUCCGGAAAUGAAACUAUUGCACAAUGGUUACGCGGCAAUCAAGUCUGGUUGCUAUGUAUUGCUAUGUUCAACCAAUUUUAAUUGCUGCGAGACACCCGCACUGUCGUGUUCCAGAACGUGAUAGUAAUGCUUACGUAUCAUUACACGUUUGUUAAUCGUGUAUUGGCAAUUUAUCUAUUAUAACAAGCGACGACUAAAUGUAAUCGAUUACCUACUUCAGCUACUAGACAGAUAACAAGAGACAACUUUAAUUAAUCAUACGUAUUUUUUAACGAAUGACAAUGGGGUACAUUCACUACAAUCGCAGACUCGAAUCGAAAUUACAAUCUGGUACAUCUCCUUUUUUGUAAUAUUAAAAACUGCAAUAUUUUUUACCAGAGGAUGGGACGAGGGAUAUUCGGAUAUAUAUAUAUAGGCUAUAUAUAUAUAUAUAUAAAAGCAAAUGAUCCAACCUUAGAUGCAAAAGUACCAUUACUUUUACUCGUUUAAUUCUAGUACAAUUACGAUAAUUAAAGCAAUUUAACAUAUUUUUGUUUUUAAGUAUAAUCCUUUUCGAAAGAAAUCAUACAGAUAUUCAUGACGAAAUAGAUAUUAUCUUAAAAGUUACCAGUAUAAUUUUCAUUAUUUCUUUAAUUAUUACACUUGCGCAACGAUUCAUUUCUUCAAGAUAUAUAAUUAAAUCGCUAAAUAAUUAUAAAUAUUUCUUUCUAUAUCUGUGAUAUAAUUUUCUCAAUGUGCAUAAAAAAGUGUAGACCGAGAAGCAGAAGGAUUAUGCAAGGUUGUACAAGCUGUGAUGCUAUAACAGUUGUAGUAGAAAAUUAUGCACGUUUUAUACUGUCUUAUUUGAAAUUAAAUGUUAAAGUACAAUAUAAUAUUGUAAAAAUUGUUCUGCUGUGCAAUAACGCUUAUUUAUAAGCGAUAGUACGCAUUCCACAAAGUAUGGAACGUUUAAUUUCUCGAAGAAUUGAAUCGAACUGCUGCAAAAAUUAAUAUUAUUUGAAAGACAAAUGCAAUUUUAGUUAAAAUUAUCUUUUUUUAAUAGCUAUUUGAUAUGGAUCUAGAUAAUUUUAUGUAUUGAGAGAUCUCUUGCGUUUAAUCAUACGUCUAAUGUGAAUAUUUCAAGGAAGAACAAUUUAGAUAGCAAAGAAAAUCCUCUAUUUUGAACCGACAUAAUAAAAUAAGAACAAUCACUCUCUACAAAUUGAUUAAACAAGAAAUAAAAGUAACGAGUUAGCGCAAUUUAAGCGAAAAUUAUCGUUUAAUUUCUCAAUAUAAUUUCCUAUCUAUCAUUACACAAUUCCUCUUAAUUAAACAGGAAACCGUUUUGUUACAUUGUGAACAUCAGUAACGAAAUAAAAAGGAAUGGAAGUUGUUUUGUGAAAAAAA